AAAAAAAAACUCUUCAUCAUCUUACCGUGAUGCCAAAAUUCAAGCAAGCACGCAAACUUUGGUGAUCAAAUACUAAGCUUUCUCUGCAUUAAUCUCACAAUUUCAAAUCGGGGUAUCUUUCGGAUUGAAGGUUAGAGUCCUUUCCCCGUUGUAUUCCCUUUAAUUUUCAAAAAAAGUUCUGUCCUUUCCGAAUUGGGUCUCUCUUACUUUUAGAGUAGUUUGAAGAAAAAGAAAAAAAGAAAAAAAAGUGUAGCUAUGGAUGAAGAAGAUCAGACCCCCAUCACCCAAUUCUCUGAUUUAGUAAGGAAAAAAGCCUACAGAUUUGAUGGGUUGGGGAAUUACUUCACAAAAGAUUGGGAUUUAAAUUCAGAACAGGGGUUUGCUAAAGAAUUCAGUUGGUAUCACGUAGAACUCCCGAAAGGAAACCAAAAGCUUGCAGUUUCGGCUCGGUGUAUGAUUGCAGCGCUUUGCCCUCCUCUUAAGCUCCAGGACAUUCUGACCCUGGUCAGCGAUGGCCCUUUUUGUGGCCACGUCGAUGGCUCUCUCUUCUUCAGGGUUAACUCUCCGGGCCCAACAGCGAGCAGCUUCACUCUUAGGCUAGCUGCUAGAGUCACAGAGAAUUCGAUCGUUACCGUGUCCUUAGGGAGAGUGCCCAGGCUUGGAUUUAAGCAAACCGGGAAAUCCUUGUUGUCUGUGAUACCUAGUGUUUGGAGUGUCGACUUGGUUCGAGGGGAGGAGAAGGCUGAAUCGGGUGGUGUUGUGAUCGAGGAGAGAGUUCUCGAGUCAUUGCUGAUGAUGAAUCACUCGGAGGAGGCUGAUAAUCCUGUUCCAAAGACGACAUCGAAUCUCCUGUUGCAUAUUGUUGGUACACAUGUUGAUCAGAUUCAGGAUAUUGUUAUCAAGCUUGAGAUAGAAUUGGAUGCUGUGGAGAUAGAAUUGGAUAAAGGUGGUUCCGUAUUGAAGAAACAAAUGUUGGAUGACAGAAGAAUUCCUAAAAUGCAUCUGAAUCUGCAGCGCCUUCUACAGGUAGUUUCACACGGCGAACAAGUAUUUCCACGAGUAAAAGAGAAAUGCGCGAUGAAAACUUGGUUUGCGAAUGAAGAUAUCGUCGCUCUUGAAGAGUUACUAGGUCGCCUUAGAAGGCUGAAGGAGAAUUUGGGAUUUAUCGCAAACCGGGUCGCCGCGGUUCAAGCUGGUCUCGAUAGCUGGCAAGCUGAGCAAAUAAACAGGAAGCUCUACUGCCUCUCGUUUCUCUCCGUGGUUUUUCUCCCUCUAUCUAUCAUUACAGGAAUUUUUGGGAUGAAUGUCGGCGGUGUACCCUGGACCAUGCAAAACGAUCCGGCCAUAAAAGAUGGAUUUAUAAAUGUGAUGAAAAUAUGUGGAAUUGUGGUGUUUUUUCUCCUGUUUUGCUUCGGGUUUCCAUCUCUGUAUGAUACCUUUUCGACUUGGAGAAGCCGACUCUCUAAUAGAUGGAGCUUCAUUCUUGAUGAAGCGCCUUCCUUGAUGAAGCGCCGUAAUAGACUUUCGAGAAGAGAAUAUAUUCGCAUCUGAGCACUCAAUUGAAGAGGGGUUCCUCGUGCAUUUUCCGAACCCAUCUUACAAAGAGACGGUCUCUCUUAGUCAGCUCAGAGACUUGACUUGAUUCAUUUUCAUUUAUGUUAAUUGUAAAGCUCUUGCGAUAUG